AAUUAAUUACCACUUUGAAGCUUUAUUUUGGUCUCGUGAAUCGUGCGUAAAACCGUUGGGAAGGAAGAAUGCUUUUCAUUUUCGUGUGAACUAUUGUAAUUAAUCAAAUAUACAAACAGAGGAUUGACUCGUCAUUGCGUUCAAGAUUUCAAGCUGAUUCUAGCUUUUUUUUUGGACAGUUGUGUUCUAAAGAUCAUACAAAAUAAAAAACUUUUAAUGCUGGAAACGUGCAAAAAUGUUCUUCAGAUGCACGAAAGCGCUUCGCUUGCCAGUUACCGGGAUUUUCACACUCUCAUUUUUAAUUGUGAGCUACCACUCAGCUAACCAGUUAUAUGCCUCCAUGGUACAAAGACGACUGGGCCUUGGUGAAACUGAUCAAGAGGCGCUAUCGAAUAAAGUGCUAACUCCCUUCACUUUUCCAACGCCCCGGAAAGAUGUCGCAGCUGGAGAAGAUCCGCUGUUUGUGCUGAUCCUGAGCUCCACGCCACGCAGUGGCUCGACAUUCUUAGGCGAAAUUCUGGCCACUCAAAACUCUUCGGUUUACUUCUUCGAACCACUGCACAUGGUUCGCUUACAGCCAGAGAUGCAGGACGACGUUUUUGUGACCAAUUUUAUCAUGAAUAAGUUUAUUUGUAAUAUCGACUCAACAUUUGAUAAGUGGUUGCACGGGAAACAUCUUUUCCUUUCAUACUUCAGCGAUGACACACAGCGCUGUGCCUUGCUUGAGAGUAAAAGUGAAAUGAUAAUUUGUUAUGACGCUAUUGACAUUAGAAAAAAAUGUCUGGAGAGCAAGAAUAGAAUUAUGAAGCUUGUGAGAGCCCGUAUUCGAUCGUUCAAACCAUUCCUUGGAGUAGAGUCUGUAAAUCUCAAGAUCGUGCACUUAUACCGAGACCCUAGAGGUAUUAUGAAUUCUUUCAGUAGGUUUGGUGAUGACUGGAUCAAGAAUCACACGAUGUGGUGCAAGGGCCUUAAUGAUGACUUAACUUCCUAUGAAUCAUUGUCGCCGGUUUACCCUGGAAAUUUGAUGCAAGUAAACUACGAAAAAUUAUCACGAGACCCAGAGAAAAUGACAAAAGAAAUAUUCAAGUUUGUGUACGGAAGUGAAGUACUGCCCCCUGCCUCUGUGGAGUACCUCGAGAGUCACACAAAGCAGGAUGUGACUGGUGCCAUGAGCACCGUGAAGAAAAGCUCAGAAAUAUAUCAGGCUUGGCGGAAUGUCAUCUCGGAUUCUUAUCUUUCAUCUAUAGAAAAUGACUCGGAGUGUAUGAUUUCUAUUGCGAAAAUGAAGCACGCAUUCUUUGGUUCAACAGAAAUGGCUAAAAAUUUGUCAUUAUCGUUAUUCGUUUGAAACAUGUGGUUCCUGAUGUAUAGGGAUAUUUUAACUGGGGCCAUGCAGUCCUUAUUUAAACUUAUAUUUAAACACCUGUCUAUUAUUUUACGUGGCAGUUACUUUUGCCUGGCAGUUGCUGGUAGAUGCACUAUGGCCCAGUGGUUAUAGUUCAGAGUACCAAGAUUGGAGCAGAGA